AUGAAGACUCCUCCAAAUUCAAAAGAUGAGCUGGAAGAAGGAUAUGAUUCUGAAGAGGCAUGUCCACUGUUUAGAAAGGGUGCAAGAUUUGAAGAGCUGCAUUUUGAGGUUGGCAUGAAGUUUGGAACCAAGUGGAAAUUUAGAGAAGCUGUAAGGGAAUAUACAAUUCAAGAGGGUAGAAGCAUAAAUCUAGUUAAAAAUGAUAACAUAAGGUACAAGGCAGUUUGUAAGGUCAAGGAGUGUCCAUCGGUGGCUUAUUCAUCAAGAGACCAUGAGAACACGUGUUGGCAAAUUAAAAUCUUUAACGAUGACCACACUUGUCCAAGAGAGGACAAGAAUAAGGCUGCCAACGGAAACUGGGUCUGCAGCAAGCUUGUAAAGAAGGUGAGAAAGUAUCCAAAUUUUAGACACUACGAGGCUACAACUUAUUUUAAGACACGAUUUGACUUGAUACUAAUCAAGAACUCAAUCUCAAGGGCUUUAAUGGAUGCUAGAAGUGUGGUGUAUGGUGAUGAGAAAGAGCAAUAUAGGAUGGUUCGGGAUUAUAGUAUGACCUUGUUAAAAACCAAUCCCGAUUCCACUGUGCAAAUAUAUACCACACCACAACCAGAUGGUGAAGUUACCUUUGAUAAGAUGUAUGUGUGCUUAAGUGGCUAUAAAAUUGGUUUCAAGGCUGGCUACCGUCCGUUGAUAAGGUUGGAUGGUGUAUUCCUGAAGACAAGGUUUGGUGGACAGAUUUUGUCAACUAUCAGAUUAGAUGCAAAUCACCAUAUCUGUGUAAUAGCUUGGGCUAUUGUCAGAGUGGAGAAUACAGAGACAUGA